AUGGCGACGAAGGAGUUCACCUACUCGGACGUGUCUGAGCAUACGUCGAAGAAGGACCUGUACCUUGUUAUCCACGAUAAGGUUUACAACACGAGUUCUUUUGUGGAUGAGCACCCGUCAGCAUUUUUCUUCUUCUCCUCCGGCGAGCUGGCUGGCUGGCUGGCUGGCCCUUGGGUUCGUACUGAUGAUUAUCUAGAGGCGGUGAGGAAGUCCUCCUCGAUGUCGGCGGACAAGAUGCCACCGAGGCAUUCGAAGACGUCGGACAUUCGGAUGAGGCGAGGGAGAUUCUGGAGGGGUUGCUGGUCGGGAAUCUGAAGAGACAGGUAAGAAGGAGAUGCGGCAGCCAAUCUUCCUCGAGCGGGCACAAUGCUAAUACGGGUUGGAUUUCCAGGAAGGUGACCCAGCCCCCAAGACCGCGACCCAACAAGUCUCGGAGAUACGCAAGACUUCCUCUUCCUCCUCCGGCGGCGGGCUGGGUGUGGGUGUCUACGGGGUGAUUGUGGUCGGUGCUGCUCUUGCGUACUUUGCGUAUCAGUAUCUGCAGCAGCAGGGCCAGAAGUCGUAA